AGGACCGGUGCGCCGUUUCUUCUCGCCUUGUUUGCCUCCAGUCCGGCUGUAGCUCCGACUGUCUGCACGGCGUGUUGGAGGAGACGCAAGGGGGGGGAAAGAACCGGGAGCGUACCGAAACCCAGACUUAAGAAGUCCUACCCUUCCUCUUAGGGGCUGUACCUUUUGGACUGGGCCGCUGGAGAACCCGCACUCAGAGUUGUCAGUGAGAAAAGACGUGCCCGGAGUUUGAUUUUGUAGCGAGACUGGGGCGCAUCUCGUCUCCUUGAAGUGCUCCCUUUUUUUUAUGCAGUGUAACCGUCGGAAAGAGCCUGGGUGCACGCUCAGGAGCAGGAGAAGAAGGAGGAGGAGGAGGGGGGGGAGAAGUAACGAUUAUUACUUUUGAAUAGAGCCCCUCGACAUGGAGCUAUUCGUCCGGUCCUGGACGCGUUGGCUGGGAGAAGAACAGAUACCUGCCAUGGGAAACAACACCACCACCAUCCGCCCGCUGUGAGGAAAGUGGAGCAUGCAGCCGAGCCCGAGCCGUCUUUGUGUGACCCGCUGCUUAGUUUCUGGGGGCCUCUUCUGAAAAACGGAGAGGAGGGGGGCUCCUGGUGUUGAUCUGAAAUUCUCACUCCAUGCCGGGAUCCAUAUUUUGGCACGGCGUACCCACUAUGAAAAGAUGACUGAUGAUGUUUCUUCGAGGACCACUGAUCGUUGACAUCGCCCCAGCUCCCUGAUCUCCCACUGCAACACACUGAACCACUAUAAUUAGCUACCAGGCUCCUGGAUCGUUUGCAUACAGCGCACAAUGGCCUCUGCUCUGUGGAGGUGUCCUGUGUUUCGCUGCCUCCUGCUCCUCCUUUUCUUUCACUGCUCAGAAGGGUUCAGCCGGGCAGCCUUGCCUUUCGGGCUGGUCAGGAGAGAGCUCUCAUGCGAGGGAUAUGCAAUUGAUCUCCGCUGCCCGGGGAGUGAUGUCAUUAUGAUCGAGACGGCCAACUACGGCCGCACAGACGACAAGAUCUGUGACGCUGACCCAUUCCAGAUGGAGAACGUCAACUGCUACCUCCCCGAUGCCUACAAGAUUAUAUCACAAAGGUGCAACAACCGUACGCAGUGUGUGGUUGUCACUGGCUCUGAUGUCUUUCCCGAUCCAUGCCCUGGCACCUACAAGUACUUAGAGGUCCAGUAUGAGUGUGUUCCCUAUAAAGUGGAGCAAAAAGUUUUCAUUUGUCCCGGGACUCUGAAGGGUGUAGGAGCAGCCACUUUCCUGUUUGAGGCAGAGCAGCAAGCGGGGUCGUGGUGCAAAGACCCGCUGCAGGCAGGUGACAAAGUCUUCUUCAUGCCCUGGACGCCAUACCGCACUGACACUCUCAUUGAGUACGCCUCGCUGGAAGACUUCAAAAACGGCCGCCAGACGACCACCUAUAAGCUGCCGCACCGUGUUGACGGGACGGGCUUCGUCGCUUACGAUGGUGCCAUCUUCUUCAACAAAGAACGCACGCGAAACAUUGUGAAGUUUGACCUGCGCACUCGCAUCAAAAGCGGCGAGGCGAUUGUUAAUAAUGCCAACUAUCACGACACCUCACCUUACCGCUGGGGGGGCAAGACGGACAUCGACCUGGCGGUGGACGAAAGGGGCUUAUGGGUGAUAUACGCCACAGAGCAGAACAAUGGGCGCAUUGUGGUGAGCCAGCUCAACCCGUACACUCUCCGCUUCGAGGCCACAUGGGAGACGGCGUACGACAAGCGCUCUGCCUCCAACGCCUUUAUGGUGUGCGGCGUGCUGCAUGUGGUGCGAUCGACCUACGAGGAGAAUGAGAGCGAGGCCAGCAGGAGCCAAAUUGAUUACAUCUACAACACCAAGCUGAGCCAGGGCGAGUACACAGACAUCCUCUUCCCCAACCAGUACCAGUACAUCACCGCUGUGGAUUACAACCCCAGGGACAACCAGCUUUACGUGUGGAAUAACUUUUACAUCCUGCGAUAUGACCUGGACUUCGGCCCACCGGAUCCCGCUGAAGUGCCAACCAUUGAAGAUUUCUCCGUCUCAUCGUUCGUACCCAAGACCUCCUCUGUCAUCACCACCACUGCCGUGUCCACUUUGAAGGGUGAAACGACUGCUGCAGGAGCAGACCCGAGAGAUGGGAGGGACCCCUUUGAGGACAACCGCGGCUUAAGUACAGCAGAGCCCACCGUCCCCGAGAUGCCUCCUACACCCAGACGCUUCUGUGAAGCGACCAGGAGGAGAGCCAUCGACUGGCCCCAGACCCACACGGGGAACACUGUGGAGAGGCCCUGCCCCAAGGGGACCAGAGGCAUCGCCUCCUUCCUCUGCACUGUGGCAGGGACCUGGUGCUCCAAAGGCCCGGACCUCAGCAACUGCACCUCCCACUGGGUGACUCAAGUGGCACAAAAGAUCCGAAGCGGCGAGAACGCUGCUAAUUUGGCCAAUGAACUGGCACGGCACACACAGGGCCCGGUGUUUGCCGGAGACGUGAGCUCCUCCGUGCGCCUGAUGGAGCAGCUCGUGGACAUCCUGGAUGCUCAGCUGCAGGAACUCCGGCCCAGCGAGAAGGACUCAGCUGGACGCAGCUUCAACAAGCUUCAAAAAAGAGAGAAGACUUGCAGGGCGUAUAUGAAGGCGAUUGUGGACACUGUUGACAACCUCCUGAGGCCGGAAGCUCUGAAAUCCUGGAAAGACAUGAAUUCCACAGAACAAAGCCACGCCGCCACAAUGCUACUGGAUACCCUGGAGGAGGGCGCGUUUGUCCUUGCCGAAAACCUGAUCGAGCCAGCGAUCGUCAAAGUGCCUGCAGAGAAUAUAAUGCUGGAUGUGUACGUGUUGAGCACAGACGGUCAGGUGCAAGACUUCAGGUUUCCUCAGACGAGCAAAGGAGGAGCGACUCUUCAGCUUUCUUCUAACACAGUCAAAGUCAACAGUAAGAAUGGUGUUGCAAAGCUGGUGUUUGUGCUGUACAAACACCUGGGUCAGUUCCUCAGCACUGAGAAUGCCACGCUGAGGGGAAUGGGGGACCUUAACAAACGUAACCUCUCCCUCACCGUGAACUCCCACAUCCUGUCAGCCUCGAUAACCAAGGAGUCCAGCCGCGUGUUUGUCGCAGACCCCGUGAUCUUCACACUGGAGCACCUGGAUAAGGAGCACUACUACAAUCCCAACUGUUCCUUCUGGAAUUACUCAGAGCGAAGCAUGCUGGGAUACUGGUCCACUCAGGGCUGCAAACUGCUUGACACCAACAAGAGCCACACCACUUGCUCCUGCAGUCACUUGACCAACUUCGCCAUCCUCAUGGCUCACCGGGGAAACGUGGGGGAGGGCGGCGUCCACGAGCUCCUUCUCACCGUCAUCACACGGAUGGGUAUCGCUGUGUCUCUCGUCUGCCUCGCCAUCAGCCUCUUCACCUUCUGCUUCUUCAGAGGUCUGCAGAGUGACCGCAACACCAUCCACAAAAACCUCUGCCUCAACCUCUUCAUCGGGGAGCUUGUCUACCUCGUGGGCAUCAACAUGACCGAACCAAAGCUGGUGUGCUCCAUCAUCGCCGGUCUCCUCCACUUCUGCUUCCUGGCUGCGUUCGCCUGGAUGUGUCUGGAGGGUGUGCAGCUGUACCUGAUGCUGGUGGAGGUGUUCGAGAGCGAGUUCUCGCGCAGGAAGUACUACUACAUCUCGGGGUACCUCAUCCCCGCUGUGGUGGUGGGAAUCUCAGCAGCCAUUGACUACAGGAGCUACGGCACACAUCGAGCAUGCUGGCUGAGAGUUGAUAACCAUUUUAUCUGGAGCUUCAUCGGACCUGUAACCUUCAUAAUCGUGGUCAAUGUCAUCUUCCUGGUGGUGACCAUGUUCAAGAUGGUGAAGCACUCCACCUCCAUGAAACCCGACUCGUCCCGGCUGGGGGGGAUCAGGUCGUGGGUGAUGGGAGCGUUCGCUCUGCUUUGUUUGUUGGGGCUCACGUGGUCCUUCGGCUUGUUCUUCCUCAAUGAAUCGUCCAUUGUGAUGGCAUACCUCUUCACCAUCUUCAACACACUGCAGGGGAUGUUCAUCUUCAUCUUCCAUUGCCUCCUCCAGAAAAAGGUCCGCAAAGAGUACAGCAAAUGUUUCCGCCAGUCUCAGUGCUGCGGCGCGCUGCCGCCCGAGGGCCCGCACAUUUCAGCAAAGACGGCCACGUCUCGAUCUACGGCUCGCUACUCAUCUGCAACACAGAGCCGCAUCAGGAGGAUGUGGAACGACACUGUGAGGAAGCAGUCGGAGUCCUCCUUCAUCUCCGGAGACAUAAACAGCACCUCCACACUAAACCAGGGGAUGACUGGCAACUACCUCCUAACUAACCCUCUCCUCCGAACCCACGACACUAACCCCUAUAACAACCUGCUGGCAGAAACUGUGGUGUGCAACACCCCCUCUCCACCGGCCUUUCACUCCCCAGGACAGCACUCUCUGAGCAACAGCAGGGACAUCAGCGCCAUGGACACCCUCCCCCUCAACGGCAACUUCAACAACAGCUACUCUCUGCGAGACGACGACUAUGAGGCUGUGGGCGUCAGGGCCCCAGCUGACCUGGGGGGCCUCAACCUGGACGACGCUGCCUUUGAGAAGAUGAUCAUAUCUGAGAUUGUCCACAACAACUUGAGGCCCCGCGGGGCCCCUAAAGGUCGUGACGCCCAGAGGGAGCGGGAGAGAGCCCCGCCUCCCCAGACCAGAGUGACAGUGGACCGAGGUGGGGGCGGGAGCGGCAGUGAGGAUGACGCCAUUGUGGCCGAUCACACCGAGGCCUCAUCCCCCCAGAGAGGAAGUGGACGAGGAGGCCACGUAACCCUGGAGCUGCUCCUGCAUCCCCAUCACAAGGAGGCGCUUGAAGCCCCCCUCCUGCCUCAGAGGACUCACUCCCUGCUCUACAGUGCCCAGAAGGCCCCCCGGCGUCUGGAGGGGCAGGGCGGCCAUGGCUCUGAGACUGUAACUGCCAUGGAGGACACGGGCUCAAACUCACCCAACAAUAACAGAGACUCCCUGUACACCAGCAUGCCAAAUCUAAGAGACUCCCCCUCACCCUCAGCUUCCUCGUACCCCCCUGAGGAGGAGGAGGAGGAGCUCUCCCCCUCACCUCGAAGUGAGAGUGAGGAUGCGUAUCAUAAAAGCAUGCCCGAGCUGGGUGACACCCCCCAGCCCAUGUCCUAUUACCACAUAAACCGAGGCACCAGCGAAGGGUGCAUCAUACCGCCCAAUAAUGAAGAGUGUGCACAGGAGGGAGAGGCGCCCAGCGAUGGACAGAUGCAGCUCAUAACCAGCCUCUGAGCGCCAGUUUUUGUUUUGCACAGGGUUUAAUAGAUGGGCGCUUUCGGGUUGAGGUCCAGAGAGCGGACCAGUCUUGCCUUGCACUCCACAUGCCCUUCCUGUUGGGAGGGGAAGUGAAAUGUUGUUGAGUGGGAAAAGAAAUUAAGAACUGACUUUUUUUUGCACACAGAUCUCAUUAACACACAUAACACGUCCAAUCCGAGGCCGGACAAAUGUGGACUGUGAACGCUCUGCUGUUGGACUCAAGAGGUGCAGAGGAUAACACACAGGCGGCUGUGUCAGAGAAGAGUCUGGCUGUUGUUCUGUGCUGUUGAAGAAUAAGGGAUAAAAAAAACAAAAAACUUGCAAAGCAAAGAACUAUGAAACUCCUGACAUACUCAUGGGAGUCUUUGCAGGACCAGGGUCUUUUUAGUCAUGAAGUAACUAGAACUAGUGUGGCUCCACUACACAGAAAGGACUGUAAAGUUAAGAAACCACUAAUUCAGACUCAGGCCUUAUAUUUUCUCUGUUGCACAUUUAACUGUUGUACCAGUUACAGCUAAAGAAAAUAUAUUUUGCUGUACCUUAGUGUAAAAAGUUGACAAAAAAAGGCAGAAAAAAAAAACGGAGAAGGCAUCCACUCUGUAGUAAUGCCCUUUCAAUGGUAAAACCAAUCUUCAGAUAAGUUCAAUCAAACGGUGGAAAUGUGCUUUUUCCUUCUCACACUUGACUCUUGUAGUAUGUUUGAAUAUAAAAAAAAAAAAAAGUUUGAGAGAUUACAACCAUAUGAAAUCAUGCUCACGUCUCUGCUUGUGAAGUGCUUUUUGCUUUCAUGAAUGAUGAGUUUUCUCGCCAGUAGUCUUUGUUAACACCAGGCCAUGCACAGAUUUGGAGUGAAUUGGAAACUUGUGUAAUUUAUUUUACUUGAAAGAAAUUGUCAGGUUUUAAAGACUUAUGUUCGUGUCAACGCGAUAGGACAGUCUUUGCCGACUUGUUUCAUCCUUUGACACUAAUUAAUUUAUUAACUGGACUAUUCAGAGAAAAAAAAAAAAAAAAGAACAUGGUUGGAAAAGUGUGAACAAGUUGUUGCAACACUGAUUAGGUUCAUUUGAUUUCUUUUGUAAGAGCCCAUCAUCAGCUGAUAUUUAAUUCAACUCCUGUUUGAUAUCAAAUAAAUGUGAAUUUUUUUCUUGUU